ACAUUUAUCUGAAUCAGUACCACUGAAGCUUCUCUACAUAUUUUGAUAAAAAAAAUUUCAAAUUUUUUUGAAAUCCCACCUAUAAAUUAAUAAUAAUAUUUUCCAAAUAAAUCUAACUAUGCAGUCGCACCAAAACACUUCCAUCCACUCCUUGCUCUCGCCCGAGUACACCGCAAAGUGCAAGGAGGGACAGGAUGGGACAAUUAAUUGCGUAAAUUUGGAUCUUCGCGAGUUAGGACUGAAUUAUAAAAUCGCAUACGUCUUGGAAAACGUGUUCUCACCGGAGGAAUGUGUUUCUUUAAUUAAUCGUUCCGAAGAGCUCGGUUAUGCUCCGGUUCUUAGUAAUUAUGGGGCCAGGAAGGGACAACGUGUGAGUCACAGAGAUUGUUACAGGGUUCUAGUAGAUGAUAAGGAAUUCGUGGAUAUCAUGAUGGAACGGAUGGGUCACCUACUCCCGUCAAGAUUCAAGCAGCAUAAACUCAUCGAGAUUAAUGAACGGUUACGAUUCAUGAGAUAUGUUCCCGGAGACAAAUUUAAGAAACACUAUGACGCCGCUUACACCCGUCCGGAUGGAAGUGCGACUACAUUUAUCACCCUGCAAACAUAUCUGAACGAUGUACCAAAGCAUGAUGGGGGUUCGACGAGGUUUCUCUCUACUAAAAGUUCCUCCCCCAAUAAGGUCCCCAAAUCCAUCGAAGUUCAACCAAAGGCUGGGUCUGUGCUAGUUUUUGAGCACAGACUCUGGCACGAGGGGAGUUUACUGACAUCCGGAAACAAAUACACUUUCCGGACCGAUGUUUUGUACCAAUUAAGGGAAGAUGAGAGGACAACAAGAUGAGUACAUUCUGCAAGCGAAAAUUCAAGUAAUCCAUCACUUAUCAGAGAAUUGUGCAGAUUUGUGCAAUUUGUAACUAUGCAGAUCUGAUGUGUAAUUUGACAAAAGUUUAUUCUGAAUUGAAUAGUAGAAAGUAGUUAAUAAAUUAUUAUAUUUAAAUACAUUA